UUUACCCUAUGGGCACCGGGUAUAAGAACAAUUAACUUCAAGUGGAAUUCAUCGUAAUGCGCAUCAACUUUAUUCUCGUUCUGCUACAAUUAAUAUUAUUAAAUCUAAACUAUCAUGACGCUGUUGAAUUCAAAUUCACGAAUUUUGUUUGCGAAAAUUACAACGAAUCGUGGGUUACUCUGAACGAGUGUCGUUUACGGGCUGUUAGUCGCAAUAGAACCAUUAUGAAUUUUAAUGCGACGUUGCGUCAUAGCCUUAAUAAUAUUGUGAUUCAAGCACAAAUGUUUCGGAAGGCCAAUGGAUAUAAGCCAUGGCUUUACAAGAUUGAAGUUGACGCAUGUCGGUUCUUGAAGAAACCAUAUAAUCCACUGGCUAUUAUAGUAUUUAAACUUUUUAAGGACUUUUGCAACUUUAAUCACACAUGUCCUUAUGAGGGUCCGAUACUUGUGAAGGGAUUCUAUCUGCGAUUGAGUAUAUUACCACAUAAUAUACCAACUGGAGACUAUUUAGUCAUACUCAAAUGGGUCCAGCAUACGUAA